AUGUGUGCCAAAAAAAUAGUUGGUGUCUUGGGAGCCACCGGUUCCGUUGGACAAAGAUUCAUUUUGCUGUUGGCAGACCACCCAGACUUCGAACUCAAAGUUCUGGGAGCAUCGCCCAGAUCUGCUGGUAAAAAAUACGUGGACGCUGUUAACUGGAAACAAACAGAGCUUCUACCAGAAUUUGCCAAAAACAUCAUCGUUACCGAAUGUAAAGCAGACGCUUUCAAAGACUGUUCAGUGGUAUUCUCCGGUUUAGACUCCGACUACGCCGGAUCCAUCGAAAAGGAAUUUAAGGAAGCCGGCUUGGCCGUCGUGUCCAACGCCAAAAACUACCGUCGUGAAGUCGACGUUCCUCUAGUAGUGCCCAUCGUCAACCCUGAGCAUUUGGACCUAGUGGGCCAAAAGCUCGACGCCGCGCAAAAGGCCGGCGCCAACAGGCCGGGGUUCAUCGUUUGCAUAUCCAACUGUUCCACUGCUGGUCUUGUCGCACCACUCAAGCCCUUGGUUGACAGUUUCGGCCCCAUCGAACUCUUGACUGCAACUACAUUGCAGGCCAUUUCCGGUGCCGGUUUCUCCCCAGGUGUUUCUGGUAUCGACGUUCUUGACAACAUUGUGCCUUACAUUGGCGGUGAAGAGGACAAAAUGGAGUGGGAAACCAGAAAAAUUUUGGGCUCUCUUUCCAGCGACAACACCACGGUUGUCAAUUUGCCCGAUGAGGACAUGAAAGUGUCUGCUCAAUGUAACAGAGUUGCAGUUUCUGAUGGCCACACCGAGUGUAUCUCUUUCAAGUUCAAGAACCAGCCUCCACCAUCGCUUGAGCAGGUCAAGAAAUCGAUGCAAGACUACGUGUGUGUUGCUGGCAAACUCGGUUGCCAUUCUGCUCCAAAACAAACCGUCCACGUCUUGGAACAAAAUGAUAGACCACAGCCAAGACUUGACAGGAACCGUGACAAUGGUUACGGUGUCAGUGUUGGCAGAGUCAGAGAAGACCCUGUGCUGGACUUCAAAAUGGUCGUCUUGUCUCACAACACCGUUAUUGGUGCCGCCGGUGCUGGUAUCUUGAUUGCCGAGAUCUUACUCGCCAAGAACUACAUCUAA